GUGCCCCCAAGCUAGGGUAGUGGGGUGGGGGGUUGGUCCAUAGGCUGCUCUUGGCACUGGGUCCCCCUAUUCUUAGGCACUGGAGGAACUGGCCAGUGGUGAGGUGGGGAGUGGGGAGGAGGCCCCCCACAUUGCUGAAACCAGGUGUUGGUUUUCCUGAGGGCAAACAGAGCCCCAGUUCCCCUCCCCAUUACAGCACCUGUAGGUUGCAGGCAGGCUGAGACCUGCCUGGGUGUGGGGGUAGGGAGAGUGCUAGCACCGGGGCACUGGAAAGUAAACAGCAAGUACCCCCCCAACCCUGCUGCCCAGUGGGCAUGGAGGGAGCAGAGUACAGAGAACUCAAGUGUCCUGGCUUCCACCUGCGCUCUAACUGGCACGGGGACUGGCAUGGUAUUGCAGGAUCUCUAGGGGUGCUGGGCAGCGGAUAUGUUAGUGGAAGGAGGCUUCUCUGAGGGUAUGGAGGGGUGGUACCUUGGUGGAAGGUUUCCAGGGGGCCUGCAGCUUUGUUGGAGGGUAUCUUGGGGGCCAGAGUCUUGUUGGAGGGUUUUGGGGGAGACGGGUUGUUUGGGCCCCCUGGGUUGGCAGGGGCUGGAGCUGUGUUGUGGAGCCUGCUACUGGGUGGUUAUUGUAGGAUCUUGAUGUGCUGGGAGCUGUCAUCUAUGAUGUGCUUUGCUUUCAUAGAUGUCAUGGCUGUUCUGGGGAACCUGCUUUGGCACCUAGGGUUUUGCUUAGUGGGCUGGUGUGUUACUCUAGGGUUUCACUGGGGCUGUCAGGUAUCAUGGAGGCUAGGGUGGUAUGGUAGGGUCUUCCAGGGGCUGGGCAGGUAGGGCUGUUUCCAUGGGAUUUCUAGGGGCUGGGGUGUCAUGAUGUGCUCUUCUGGGGGCUGUGAUGUUUUCAUAUCGUCUCUAGGAAUAGGUGUGUUGUGGUAGGUUCCCUUUGGACCGGUGGUGGGGGUGAGCUCUUUUCCUGGGGACUCCCAGGGCCUGGGUGGGUUGUUGCAUUUUCUUGGAUCUCUGGAAUCUCAGGGGGAGGCUGGGCUGGCCAGUUUCUGCAUGGUCUCCUAGGGCCUGGGCAGAUGGAAGUCUUUCUGGGGGGUUUUGGGGGUGUCACUCUAUCACCAGGCUUCUCUUAUCCUGUAUUUCCUUGCAGCUGCAGUCAAGACUCAGCCAGAGGGCAGCCGGUGCCAGAGCCAUGGCAAUGCGGGUGCCCCCACAGGAUGAGGCUGAGCGCUAUCUGUUUGUAGACCGCAGUGGGGUUGGUGGCCUGGCCACGCAGGCCGACUGGACGGCCAAGCGCCUGGUGUGGGUGCCCUCAGAGCGGCAUGGUUUUGAGGCAGCCAGUCUAUGUGAGGAACAGGGUGAUGAGGUUCUAGUGGAGCUGACUGAGACAGGGCGCCCUGCCCGGGUUCCCAAGCAUGAUGUCCAGAGGAUGAACCCCCCCAAGUUUGCCAAGGUGGAGGAUAUGGCAGAGCUGACCUGCCUUAAUGAGGCUUCCGUGCUGCACAACCUCAAGGAUCGCUACUACUCUGGUCUCAUCUAUACAUACUCAGGGCUGUUCUGCGUGGUGAUCAACCCGUAUAAGGUGCUGCCCAUCUACACGGAGCAGAUUGUGGACAUGUACCGUGGCAAGAAGCGCCAUGAGAUGCCACCCCACAUCUACGCUAUUUCUGAGGCUGCCUACCGCAGCAUGCUGCAAGACCGGGAGGACCAGUCCAUUCUGUGCACGGGAGAAUCGGGAGCUGGCAAGACGGAGAACACCAAGAAGGUGAUCCAGUACCUUGCCCAUGUUGCCUCUUCCCACAAGGCCCGCAAGGAGCACAGUGUCCCGCUGGAGACUCCCAACCCAGGGAAGACCCAGAGCUCCAGCCCUGGCUCCUACGGUGAGCUGGAGCGGCAGCUGCUGCAGGCCAAUCCCAUCUUGGAGGCCUUUGGCAAUGCCAAGACCGUGAAGAAUGACAACUCCUCGCGCUUUGGCAAGUUCAUCCGGAUCAAUUUUGACGUUGCAGGCUACAUUGUGGGAGCCAACAUUGAGACUUACCUGUUGGAGAAAUCGCGUGCCAUCCGCCAGGCUAAGGAUGAGCGAACCUUCCAUAUCUUCUACCAGCUGCUGGCUGGGGCUGGCGACCACAUGAAGGGGGAACUGCUGCUGGAGCCAUUCAGCCAGUACCGGUUCUUGUCCAAUGGGGUGCUGCCCAUCCCGGGCCAGCAGGACAGGGAGGUCUUCCAGGAGACGCUAGAGUCCAUGCGCAUUAUGGGCUUCUCUCAUGAGGAGAUUCACAGUAUGCUACGGAUGGUGUCAGCUGUGCUGCAGUUUGGGAACAUUGCCUUCCGCAAGGAGCGUAACUCAGACCAGGCCUCCAUGCCGGAUAACACUGCUGCCCAGAAGCUGUGCCACUUGCUGGCUCUCAAUGUGACUGAGUUCUCCCGUGCCAUCCUCAUGCCCCGCAUCAAGGUGGGGCGUGACUAUGUACAGAAGGCACAGACGAAAGAGCAGGCUGACUUUGCCAUUGAGGCUCUGGCCAAGGCCACAUAUGAGCGACUCUUCCGCUGGCUGGUACACCGCAUCAACCGGGCACUGGACCGCACCAAGCGCCAGGGUGCUGCCUUCAUUGGCAUCCUUGAUAUUGCUGGCUUUGAGAUCUUCCAGCUGAACUCCUUUGAGCAGCUGUGCAUCAACUACACCAAUGAGAAGCUGCAGCAGCUCUUCAACCACACCAUGUUCGUGUUGGAGCAGGAGGAAUACCAGCGUGAGGGCAUCGCCUGGGACUUUAUUGACUUUGGCCUCGAUCUGCAGCCCUGCAUCGACCUCAUUGAGCGUCCGGCAAACCCCCCUGGGGUGCUAGCCCUGUUGGAUGAGGAGUGCUGGUUCCCAAAGGCUACAGACAAGAGCUUUGUGGAGAAGGUGAUCCAGGAGCAAGGUGCUCACCCUAAGUUCCAGAAGCCCCGACAGCUGCGUGACAAGGCCGACUUCUGCAUCAUCCACUAUGCUGGCAAGGUGGAUUACAAGGCAGAUGAGUGGCUGAUGAAGAACAUGGACCCCCUGAAUGACAAUGUGGCCACACUUCUCCACCAGAGUGCUGACCGCUUUACCGCUGAGCUCUGGAAGGACGUGGACCGAAUUGUGGGGCUGGACCAAGUGAGUGGUAUGGGCGAGAUGGCCUUUGGCUCAUCCUACAAGACCAAGAAGGGUAUGUUCCGCACUGUGGGGCAGCUCUACAAGGAGUCGCUCUCCAAGCUCAUGUCCACCCUGCGCAACACCAACCCCAACUUUGUGCGCUGCAUCAUUCCCAACCAUGAGAAGCGGGCUGGGAAGCUGGAGCCCCACCUAGUGCUGGACCAGCUGCGCUGCAAUGGGGUGCUGGAGGGCAUCCGCAUCUGCCGUCAGGGCUUCCCCAACCGCAUCAUCUUCCAGGAGUUCCGUCAGAGGUAUGAGAUCCUGACACCCAACGCCAUCCCGAAAGGUUUCAUGGACGGCAAGCAGGCCUGCGAGCUCAUGAUUAAGUCUCUGGAACUGGACCCCAACCUGUACCGCAUUGGGCAGAGCAAGAUCUUCUUCCGGGCAGGUGUGCUGGCGCACCUUGAAGAAGAGCGUGACCUCAAGAUUACCGACAUCAUUGUCUCCUUCCAGGCUGCUGCCCGUGGCUACCUGGCCAGGAGGGCGUUCCUGAAGAAGCAGCAGCAGCUGAGUGCACUGCGGGUGAUGCAGCGGAACUGUGCUGCCUAUCUCAAGCUGCGCCACUGGCAGUGGUGGCGUCUCUUCACCAAGGUGAAGCCACUGCUUCAGGUGACACGGCAGGAUGAGGUGAUGCAGGCCAAGGCCUUGGAGUUGCAGAAGGUGCAGGAGAAGCACACAAAAACCCAACUGGACCUCCAGGAGCUGGAGAGCAAGUACCAGCAGCUGGCAGAGGAGAAAGCUAUCUUGGCGGAGCAGCUGCAGGCAGAGACGGAGCUGUUUGCUGAGGCCGAGGAGAUGAGAGCACGCCUGGCUGCUAAGAAGCAGGAGCUGGAGGAGAUCCUGCACGACCUGGAGGCGCGGGUGGAGGAGGAGGAGGAGCGUGCCCAGCAGCUACACAGCGACAAGAAGAAGAUGCAGCAGCACGUCCAGGACUUGGAGGAGCAGCUGGAAGAGGAGGAGGCGGCACGGCAGAAGCUGCAGCUGGAGAAGGUGACCAUGGAGUCCCGGUUGAAGAAGAUGGAGGAGGAUGUCCUGCUGCUGGAGGACCAGAACUCCAAGUUCCUUAAGGAGCGGAAGCUGAUGGAAGAGCGCCUCUCGGAGUUCACGUCCCACAUGGCAGAAGAAGAGGAGAAGGUGAAGAGCCUGUCCAAGCUGCGCAAUAAGUACGAGGCUGUCAUGGCUGACAUGGAAGACCGGCUGAAGAAGGAGGAGAAGGGGCGGCAGGAGCUGGAGAAGCUGAAGCGGCGGCUGGAUGGCGAAGCCACAGACCUGCAAGAGCAGGUGCUGGAACUGCAACAGCAGUUGGAGGAGCUGCGGGCACAGCUAGCACGCAAGGAAGCCGAGCUGCAGGCUGCUCUGGCCAGGGUGGAGGAGGAGGUGGCCCAGAAGAACCUGGUGCUGAAGUCACUGCGGGAGCUGCAAGCACAGCUGGCUGAGGCACAGGAGGACCUGGAGGCAGAGAAAGUGGCACGCACUAAGGCCGAGAAGCAGCGUCGAGACCUGGGCGAGGAGCUGGAGGCCCUGAAAACUGAGUUGGAGGACACGCUGGACUCCACCGCCACCCAGCAGGAGCUGCGGUCCAAGCGGGAGCAGGAGGUGACGGAGCUGAAGAAGCUGAUGGAGGAGGAGGUGAAGACGCAUGAGUCCCAGGUGUUGGAGAUGCGACAACGACACACCAGCACCCUGGAGGAGCUGUCAGAGCAGCUAGAGCAGUCCCGCCGGUUUAGGGCAGCACUGGAGAAGGCAAAGCAGAUGCUGGAGGGGGAGAAGGCGGAGCUGGCCCAGGAGGUGAAGGCGCUGCAGGGCACACGCCUUGACUCGGAGCAGAAGCGCAAGAAACUAGAGGGGCAGGUGCAGGAGCUGCAGGCCCGGGCGGGUGAAGCUGAGCGUGCUAAGGCUGAGCUCACUGAGCGCCUGACUAAGUUGCAGAGUGAGCUGGAUGGAGUCUCGGGGGUUCUGGGUACAACCGAGUCUAAGACCAUCAAACUCACAAAGGACCUAGCCACAGUUGAAUCCCACCUGCAGGAUACUCAGGAGUUGCUGCAGGAGGAGACAAGGCAGAAGCUGGCGCUGAGCUCGCGGGUGCGUCAGUUGGAGGAGGAGAAGAGUGUCCUACUGGAGCAGAUGGAGGAGGAUGAGGCUGCCAAGGCCAACCUGAACCGCCAGAUCCAGAGCCUGCAGCAGCAGGUGGUGGAGACACGGCGGAAGCUGGAGGAGGAUGCAGGGGUGGCAGAGGGGCUGGAGGAGGCUCGCCGACGGGUGGCCAAGGAGCUGGAAGUGCUAGGACAGCGCUAUGCUGAGAAGGUGGUGGCUGCUGAGAAGGCAGAGAAGGGGCGGGCACGGCUACAGCAGGAGUUGGAUGACCUGAGCGUGGAGCUGGGCCAGCAGCGCCAGACUGUAGGAGCCCUCGAGCGCCGUCAGAAGAAAUUCGAUCAGAUGCUGGCUGAAGAGAAGCUGGUAUCAGCGCGGCAUGCAGAGGAGCGGGACCGGGUUGAGGCUGAGGCGCGAGAGAAGGAGACGAAGGUGCUGUCACUGAGCCGGGCGCUAGAGGAGGCGCUGGAGCUGCAGGCUGAACUGGAGCGCCAGAACAAGCAGUUGCGUGCUGAGAUGGACGACCUGGUCAGCUCCAAGGAUGACGUCGGCAAGAAUGUGCAUGAGUUGGAGCGGUCGAAGCGGGCUCUGGAGCAGCAGGUGCAGGAGAUGCGGGCACAGUUGGAGGAGCUGGAGGACGAGCUGCAGGCCACGGAGGAUGGGAAGCUGCGGCUGGAGGUUAACAUGCAGGCCAUGAAGGCGCAACAUGAGCGGGAGCUGCAGAACCGUGAUGAUGCCAACGAUGACAAGAAGAAGCUGCUUUUCAAGCAGGUGCGGGACCUAGAGCAGGAGCUGGAUGCAGAGCGGAAACAGAAGGCACUGGCUGUGGCUGCACGGAAGAAGCUGGAGCUCGACCUGCAGGACGUGAUGGGUCAGAUUGAAGCUGCAAACAAGGGGCGUGAGGAGGCCGUCAAACAGCUCCGGAAACUGCAGGCACAGAUGAAGGAGCUGUGGCGGGAGGUGGAGGAGGCUCGCACCUCCCGUGAGGAGAUCUUCAUUCAGGCCCGUGAGAGCGAGAAGAAGAUGAAAAACCUAGAAGCAGAACUGCUGCAGCUGCAGGAGGAACUGGCAGCGUCGGAGCGAGCCAAGCGACAGGCCCAGCAGGAGCGUGAUGACCUGGCUGACGAGCUGGCCAAUGGGACCAGUGGCAAGUCGGCACUGCUGGAUGAGAAGCGACAUCUGGAGGCACGGAUUGGGCAGCUGGAGGAGGAGCUGGAUGAGGAGCAGAGCAACAUGGAGCUGCUGAAUGAUCGCUACCGCAAGCUCACCCUGCAGGUGGAGACCUUGACGACAGAGCUGGCCGCUGAGCACAGUUUCUCCCAGAAGGCAGAGAACUCACGGCAGCAGUUAGAGCGGCAGAACAAGGAACUGAAGGCUAAGUUAGGCGAGAUGGACUCCUCAGUCAAAUCCAAGUAUAAGUUGGCCAUAGCCACCCUGGAGGCCAAGGUGGCCCAGCUCGAAGAGCAGCUGGAGCAAGAGGCUCGGGAGCGGAUGCUGUCGGGCAAGCUGGUGCGCCGGGCAGAGAAGCGGCUGAAGGAGGUGGUGCUGCAGGUGGAGGAAGAGCGGAGGAAUGCAGAUCAAUUCAAGGACCAGCUGGACAAGGGACACAUUCGCAUGAAGCAGCUGAAGCGGCAGCUGGAAGAGGCAGAGGAGGAAGCAUCUCGGGCUAAUGCCAGCCGCCGCCGCAUGCAGCGUGAGCUUGAAGAUGUCACUGAGUCAGCCGAGUCCAUGAACCGUGAGGUUACCACGCUGCGCAACCGCCUCAGGCGAACCCCCCUGACAUUCACUACCCGCACAGUGCGCCAGGUCUUCCGGCUGGAGGGGGUCUCAGACGAGGAGACGGAGGAGCAGGAUGCAGAGACCACAGCUACCAACCACCAUCCUUCCCCUGUCCCCCCCCAGACCCAGCCGCAGUCACCCCUGGCUGAGCAGCCCCCCAGCGAGUGAGGGGCGCCAGGGUUGGGGAGGGGAAGGGGCAUGGAGGCAAAGCUGGGGCAGCUCCCUCACCCAGCACUGCACAAACCUGGACUCCUAUACUAUGGGGUCUGAGGGCUUGGCCCCUCUGCACACCUGGCUCUGCCCAGGGCUUUAUUCUUUAUAUCAGCCAGCACUUUAUAACAGGGGGGUUGGGAGCAGCUGGUCGGCCUAGAUGCACCUGGAGUUAAACUGGAUUUCUUGUAGAACCCCUCCCACCCCACCGUGGGGUCCAGCCGACACCCCUCCAGAGCACUGAGACUCCCCGCCAUUACAGGACCCUGUCAAUGUAGGGAUGGUUCUAUCAUGCUACCUGGCUCAGCCCCCCACUGCAUGUCCCCUGAUUCUCCCUGCACACCAGGCUCCUCCCUUUGUGCAGCCUCCAGCUGCCCUCCAGGUGCUCCCUUCUCUGUCCUGUUGUGGGUUUGCUGUGUGUGACAGAAACCGGUGCCACAGAACCCCUGAAUAUCAUCCCCUCUUGCACACGAGUGCAUGUGUACAGUACAGGUCUGGAUCUCUCCAGCAGGGGGCACCAACCAUAUGUGUGCACGCACACUCAUCCUAGCAGGGGACAGUGCUGCAUCUCAUGCACUCACUCCCACAUGCACAGUCCCUCUCUCACUUUCACACUCUCUCUCUUCCAGCAACAGCUGUGCUUUAGACAUGUUGGACCUAGCUUCAUUUUGCACAAAAGCCCCAUCUUAGGGUAGCCUGGAGUAGAGCACCUGUGAUCUCUUCCCCCUUCUCCUGGCAUCGCUCUUCCUCUUUCCAUGUGCAGCUUGGUUUUCAUCACUCACCACAGUUGGGAUUUUUAAACCCAGGGGCCUAGAUUUCACCGGGGCUCAGCUUCAAAACAGUAUAGGAAUCACUUCCCUGAACUGUGCCCCUAUCCCCCCCACAACUGGCCUUCCUCAGUUCAGCCUCAUGGCCCCAUCUAUCCCAGUAUCUUACUUUUUUGCAUCUUGGUGAUGGCAGUAGCUGGUGGGGAUGUAGCACUGCCCCACACUUUGUCAGGCUCACUCUGCCCCAGGCUUCGCUCUGGGAGUAGUUGUGGGUGGGCAGAGCCUUUCCCAUGGUAGGACCCUGUGUGUGGCUGCAUUUAUGCUGGGGUAAAGGCUUGUGCAUGCAUUUAUAUGUGAUGUGUUGGGGGAGGGUGGAUUCAUUUCAGUUUCUGAGGCUGAAGUGUCCACAUGUCAGACCGUUUUCUCCCAGGUCCCAGCACUGUAAGGGGCCUGUGCCUAGCUGCCCUUGUGGCAUCCCAGGUCAGAGAGAUGGUGAGACAGCUUGGGGGCUGGCGGGAAGAAUUAAGUGACUGUAAACUGGCUGUCAUGACAGGGCCUGGCACUUGUCCUUGACAUGGGGCUCACUGGAUUGGGCCUGCCCCUACAUUUGGCUUCUAUGCCCCUGGACAGAAGGUGGAACUGGCCAGGUUCAAGCCAUGAAACCCAGCAAUUCUUUAUAAAGGGAGGGGUUGCAGUGGGAAUUAGGGGUUUGUAACCAGCAAGGUCAAUCCCCCCAGAGCAGCUGCAGUCCCAGCUAGGGAGAGGUCUCACACAGGCUCUUGAGUCUCAGGGGCAGGCUCUCAGGGACAGGAUAAGUACUGUGUGGAUGCCUCCUCCUGGGUAGGACCAGUUUUUCCUGCAAGCUGUGCUGUGCCUGCAUAGCUGUCUCCCCAUGUGUGGGGCUGGGACUGACUGAGGGAAAGUUGUGCACCUAGGGGAGGCUAGGAGCAUGUCUCCUUUCUGGACACUGGCAACACCCAGGCAGGAGGUAUCUAGGGAAGUGGCACAUCACUCCUUGGGUCCCCCCCUUGCUGAUGCAGGCCCUGCUGUGGCCUAGGUUUGGCCUUGCUGUUUACCACCUGCACCCAGGCAGCUUAUGGUGGCUUCAUGGUGUAGAAGAGAAUAUGUGUAUGCUUGCUCUGCCAGCCUUUUGGAAACUCCGUGCCCAGGGUCCCUCAUGCUUUUCUGCCAGCUUCCUGCUUUUGGAGAGGAGGCUCAAAUACUCUUGUGGUCAGUUAGCUUCCUCCCCUGAACCCUACCCUAUGUUCCCUUAUUACCUGCCCUGCUCAUAGUUCCGGGGCUGGGGAUGACCUGUGCCCAGGGCUUAGGUGCAGGCUGCAUGGCUCCUGUGUGCCCUUCUCUGCCGUGCUCCCUUGGCUGUGUUGUGUGUUACCAGGGCAUUUCUGUGGGUAGGUUUGGUGGCAUGGGAGCAGUGCCUUGCAGGGGCCUGGGCUGACACAUGAUAUCUCUUCCCUGUGGGGCCCAGGGCUUGCUGCUUCUGGCUGCACAGGGCGCAAGCCAGUUCCCUCUGUUUUUAAAAAGCACCGAGGUUUGUGUCUUCUAGUAAAGCUCAUCUCAGAUUUA